UCAGUAGAUACGGUGCAGGGUACGAAAAAAAAAGAAAAAUCCAGUACAAAAUAUCGGAUCGACUGUACACAGUAGCAAUGCUGUUGAGGAUAAUUUGCUUGAAUUUGCUCGUAGCUUGCAAAGCGAACGUUCGAGAGAGGAGGUACCUGGUUUACCCUGAUGGUGGACCGGCUAGAGCUCAGUUCAUCAUCGGUUUGGGUGUACCUGUAGAUUUGAAGGAAGCUUCCGUCACCGUUGGUACUGUUAUUAAAUUUCAAUAUGACUUACCAACAAACAGUUCGGAAUACACGAGCAGAAUCUACGGCUUUGCCAACACUGUAUCAAGGGACAUGGAUGGUGAUGAACCAAAUGAUGACAAAGAAAAAGGCAAUGAAAUUGAUGCUAACAUCUCAAGAGAUUUUAAUGCAGACAAUAGUACUAUAGAUGAUAGAUUUGACUCCAAUAAUAAUACAUUAGUUGACAUCACUUUUGAUGAUAGAAGAAAAAGAUCACUAAUAUAUUCAGAAGGCGGUUUAAUUAAUGAAUUAGAUGAAUCAGAUGUUAAAACAGAAAUUCCUUUAGAAGAAGCAAUAAGGCGACAAGAGAUACUAGAUAAAAAACAAAUGGAAGAAAAUUCAGAGCCUCAAAGAAUGAACAGAUGGGACUUCUAUAAAAUUAUUGAACAUAUGAUCGAAAGGUACGGCUAUUCAGGGAGACCUUGCUUGUUACGAACCAUCUGCGAGGCGGCGGAGAUACCUUUCACAUACCAGAACGGGUUGCUUGGAGAAAUUGGCCAUAUUUUAUUCACACCAUCGACCACCAAGGAUUCUCUCUCCCAUCAUUCAGACAACGAAUUCCACGCAGCGGAGAGACUGGGCAGAGAGGUUGGCGCGGACUGCGAGUCGAUGUUUCCCGACUGCGAGUCCUCUAUACUCGACACAUUCACCGGGAUUGGAAUCGACACGCUCCAUAAGUUUGGACUGAUCUAAUUUCAAUAAACA